GCCGAGCGUGUAAAAUUGCCAGUGAAACAAGGUAAACCGACUAACGCCUGAGAGAAAGAAAACCACAAAUCACACAACUGUGCAACCGCAAGAUUAUCGUAUGAGUCAAUCAGAUGACGCUGGGACUCGCAAGAGCGAAAUUUAGGCAGUUCCAGAUGCUCCCUUUUGCAGGUCGCGAUGAUCCGCUUGGCCCGCUUAACUCUAAGUAUGACUCGGUCAUUGACAGGCGACAGCGCUUUUCUUCUUCCCAACUCCCUCGGUCUGACCUGUUCACUGCUUGUCACUGCGUUGGCUUUUCCCUCGUCGGCCUAAUAUUUCCGUCUCCCCAGUCUACGGGCUAGGAACCUCGGUGUGUGAGGUUUGAUUCUCGUCUGUCUCUGACGGCGUCAUUGUCCAUUCAGCGUACGGAGGACAUUCCAGACGGCAACCCCGCCACGAACAGCCCGCAUCU